AUGUAAUUAACAGGCAAAUAUAACGUACGUAAUGUUAUUCGACUGUUUCCUUGGUGUUUGUUAACACUGUACAAUUGUAUAGUGCUGGACAGCGACGAACAGCUGGCACUUUUGUCAUUAAUUAGUGCUUUUGCCCAACACAGAGAAAAUAUACAAAUCAUUCGUUUUAGCAGUUUUUUUUUACGCAGCCAGAAAAUUUAACGUAGACAAGUGAAAAGUGUCUUAUAAGUUGCAGUUAAAGCAGCAUAACCAGAAGAACUGCUGCCGUCUGUUGCACUUUGGCAUUGCAGCAGCGCAGAGACGAAUCCCAAUUAAGAAACAAAAAUUAUGUGCUGAGUGGGGGUGAGCGAUUGAUCAGCUGGGGGAAAAUACAACAACAGCAGCAGCAGCAGCAGCAGCGGUACGAGCGGAACUGCUGACAACAAUUGCAGCGUCAUGUUUGGGUUUGAUGGAGAGUAUCGGCGCCGACCGGUGCAAAGUCUUGGGGGCGCCUCGCAGACCUGCGACAGGGACACGGCCAUACGCAAAGCGGCUCUGGAGCGUCAGAAACGCAACGAGCUGCGCCAGAAGACCCACGGCGCCGUUGUGUUGCAAUCGUAUGCCCGCUCCUUUAUUUAUCGCCAGCGACGCAAACGGGCUGAACGGGAGGCCUUUGAUGCGUAUCUGCACGCUCACCGGGAUCGUGUUACCGAGGAUGAGAGCAUGUGCUUUUUACUGCGGCGCCUCACCUUUUUCUACAGCAAUCGCGUGGCCAAGGACAGCGAGCGACUGAUCGAAAUUUGCCAGCCGAUCUUGCGGAAUCCGGUACGCCUGCUGCAGCAUUCAGCCCAUGACUCCGUUUGGCUGCUGCGCGUGUGCAAGAUUUUGGAUGCGUGCCUGUUGCAGUUGGCGCUGCCGCACAGCGCUCAGGCCAUACCGCUGCGCAUGCUGGAGACAUUUACCACGGUGGCAUCAGUGGAGCGCUAUGUGGAGGAUGAGGCGGUGUUGUACAAGUAUCUGGAGCGUGUCUUUGUCUUCCUCAUUACGCGAAACUACUUUGUGCGUUUGCGUCUGCUGUUAGAUGAAAAGUGCCCGCCGCUGGACGGCGAAACUCUGCAUGCUCCUACUCCAUUCGUCGAUGCACUGAUGCAGCUGCUGCUGCGACCGUUGAGCGUGGCCAUGCGCCAACCGGGAAACGAGUCAUCACAGCUCUUCUGUCGCAGGUUCAUUAUCGAUAUUUUGGCCACGCCACACACAGAGCCGCUGCGUCACUUUGUGUUGCCCUGUCUGGCCGAGAGCGAAGACUUUCCCUUUGCGUUGCUCAUGCACGCGCUGCAUGCGCUUCUCGACUUAAGCCAGGCCACGUCCGGCUCUGAGCCAGCGAUCACAGAUAAUGGCAAGCCCAAUACUUUGUUAUACGGUGUCCUACAGCCCGAUGAAGCCAAACAGCUAAAAUCGCAGCCGCGUGAAACCUUGUUUAGCUCAUUUUUGCUGAACUCGCUGCUGGUGCUGGAUCGCAGGCAAUUGGCCUCACUGCAGCAGAGCGACUUACUGAUUGUCUAUGUACGUGUCGUUGCCCAAAUGAUGCCCAACAUAUUGCAGCUGCCCAAGUCGACGCUGCGCACGCAUGCGACACCACAUCGCCACACAGACUCCGACGAUGACGACGAGACGGAUGAGUCCGACGAGGAGGGGCAGGACCUGCCAACGACUCGCACUAUUGAUUAUGACAUGUUACAGUCCUGCCGCCCCACAGGCGAACUGAGCAGCAAAGAGCGCAACAGUCUGCUGGAAUCGAUAGCCAUAUUAAACGAAACGCAGCGCGUGGAUUUUAUUGUGCAGCAAAUUGAGCCGCACAUUGAGCAAAGCCAGGUGAUCUACGCACUCUGCGAGAUCUGUCACAAUCUGAUGAUAUACAAUAAGCAUGCGGUCUAUGAGUACAAACUUCUAUAUACUUUGGCCUUUACGCCAAAAUUUAUACGCGCCGUUUGGUUUAAGUUGGCCGCCGAGUCAACGCAACUGGGCUUCUCAGCACCGCUCACACUUAUUUCUAAGGGCGUUGUGCCCAAGCAACAGGGCGUGGAUCGUACUAUACCUUUGCUGGCCACCUUUUGCAUGCUCUUUGGCCGCCUGCUGCCCACGCUGCACGAUGUGGAGUUUGUCGAAAAAAAGCUAUUGGAGUCGGCCCCGCCGCAUCACGUACGGCUUAUGCCGUUUUCUAUUGCGGAGAUAGUGCAAAUGUCCAAGACGCUGAAGGACAUAAGCUUGGGUCUGGUAGAGCUCGCCUUUCGCAGUGUGCUGAGUCACACCGACGCGGAUGACAAGACACUGCGUCAUCAGAAACAAAUCUGGGCCAAUUUGUUAAAUGUCGUUGUAUUUGUGCUCAAUCAGAUACAUUCGCGUGAUUUGCGUAUGGGCUUCUGCCCGGAAGGGCAUUGGACUGUUUCCCGCUUGGAUUUGCCACUGGACAGGCCAACAGAUCUGCCAUUGACUCACAGCAGUCGCAUGCGCGGCAUUCGCCCAUUUCAGCCCAUACGCGACUUUACGCGCGAGGACUUUGAGAACGGGCCGCCCAUGUCAACCAAACAAAAACGAUCCAUUACCAUAUUGCGCGAAAUACCUUUUGUGGUGGCUUUUAAUAAACGUGUAAGCAUAUUACAGGGCCUGGUUGCGGCUAACAAGAUGCGCGUGCAGGGUCAUCUACAGGCCUUUCUGCAGGGCCCCUCCAUUAUGGUGACUGUGCGCCGCACGCAUCUAUAUGAAGAUGCCUACGACAAGCUGCGUCCAGAGAAUGAACCGGACCUGCGCUUAAAGUUUCGCAUUCAGUUUGUGUCUCAUUUGGGACUGGACGAGGCAGGCAUUGAUGGUGGAGGCGUGUUUCGCGAAUUUCUAUCCGAACUGAUUAAAACUGCCUUUGAUCCCAACCGUGGCUUCUUUAUGGUAACGACGGACAACAAAUUGUAUCCUAAUCCCAAUGUAUCGGAUCUCUUUAGUGACUUUGAGAAGCAUUAUUAUUUCAUUGGCCGUAUUUUGGGCAAAGCAAUUUAUGAGAAUUUGCUGGUGGAGCUGCCGUUAGCUGAGUUCUUUUUAACUAAACUCGCUGGAAAGUAUUCGGACGUGGAUAUACAUCAAUUGGCUUCGCUGGAUCCGGAGCUAUAUCGCAAUCUGCUUUACCUCAAGGAUUAUCCAGGCGAUGUUAGUGAAUUGAAUUUGGAUUUUACAGUAGCCAGCAGUUCGCUGGGACAGACGCAAGUGGUAGAAUUAAAACCGCAGGGUCAGAGCACGCCGGUUACCAACUCAAAUCGCAUCGAGUAUCUGCAGCUCAUAGCCAACUUUAAGCUCAACGUGCAGAUAAAACGUCACUGUAAGGCCUUCCGCAAGGGACUGUCGAAUGUGUUGCCCAUCGAGUGGCUUUAUAUGUUCAGCAACAAGGAGCUGCAAAUACUCAUAUCGGGCGCCGAAAUACCUAUUGAUCUGGAGGAUCUAAAAAAGCACUGCAAAUAUGGUGGGGAGUAUACGCCGGAGCAUCCAUCAAUUGUUGCAUUCUGGGAGGCUGUGGAGGGCUUCGAUGAUUUGCAACGGCGGCAGCUGCUUAAGUUUGUCACCAGCUGCUCGCGGCCACCGUUGCUUGGUUUUAAGGACUUGGAUCCACCCUUUUUUAUACAGAAUGCUGGGGAUAUGGAGCGUCUGCCUACGGCCAGCACGUGCACGAAUCUGUUGAAGCUGCCGCCUUUCAAGAACGCUGAACAGAUGCGCGAAAAGUUAAUAUAUGCCAUACAGUCCGGUGUAGGCUUUGAACUUAGCUAAGCUGUGUCCCGGCAUACCAGUUACUACACACAUAUCGAAUGCAAUGAACCCACACAGAGACCGAUUCGAGCGCCCAUCCCAGCUGCAGGAAUCGAUGGCUGGCCAAGCAACUAUUCCAGUUCACGUAGAAAUUUAAUUAUGAAAAACAUAAUUAAUUGUCUAAUGUAAAGUAUGAAGCUUAUGAGGUCUGUUUUCCAAGUUUUCUUUUUAGUUAAUUUGUGUUUUUUUCGUAUUACACAAUAUA